GCACAGCCGGGGCCAGUGGGAGGAGACGCCAUGACCCCCACCCUCAUGGCCCUGCUCUGCCUAGGGCUGAGUCUGGGCCCCAGGACCCAUGUGCAGGCAGGGACCCUCCCCAAACCCACCCUCUGGGCUGAGCCAGACUCUCUGAUCACCUGGGGCAGCCCUGGUACCAUCUGGUGUCAGGGGACCUUGGAGGCCCAGGAGUACCGUCUGGAUAGAGAGGGAAGCUCGGUGUCCUGGGACAGACAGAUCCCACUAGAGCCUGGGAACAAGGCCAAGUUCAACAUCCCAUCCAUGACAGAGCACUACAUAGGGCGAUAUCGCUGUUAUUAUCACAGCCCUGAUGGAUGGUCAGAGCCCAGUGACCCCCUGGAGCUGGUGGUGACAGUACCCUACGGCAAACCCACCCUCACAGCCCUGCCGAGCCCUGUCGUGACCCCAGGCGGGAAGGUGACCCUCCAGUGUGGCUCACAGCUGGAAUUUGACAAGUUCAUUCUCACUAAGGAAGGAGAACGAAAGUUCUCCUUGGCCGAGGACUCACAGCAACAGUCCUACAGGGGCUCCCAGGCCCUGUUCCCUGUGGGCCCCAUGACCCCCAGCCACAGGUGGAUGUUCAGAUGCUAUGGCUAUUUCAGGAACAAGCCCUGGGUGUGGACAGGACCCAGUGACCUCCUGGAGCUCAUUGUCUCAGGUGAGGACCGCGACGCUGACCACCGGUGCACCACAGCCCCCCAGCCACAGAGCACCCCGCAACAGCUGCACACAGUAGGUGCUCAGUUGAUGACGUCAUUCCUCACUCCUGACAUCACUCGUGCUCAAGGUCAGGGAAGGUUCCUGGAGGUUCUGAUCGGGGUGUCGGUGGCCUUCGUCCUGCUGCUCUUCUUCCUCCUCUUCCUCCUCCUCCGACACCGGCGUCGGGGCAAACACAGGUCAUCGGGUGAGUGGGGAGUGGGGGACGCAGGGGCAACCGAGGGUGGGCUCGGGCACCAGCCACAGGGAGAGCAGACAGACGGGCAAAGUCAGCUCGGAGAACCUGCUCCCGCAGUUUCCAAGAAAUCAAGGAGACUCCGUCACUGUCUCUCUCCACAGAGCCCACAUGACGAAGACCCCCAGGGAGUGACAUAUGCCCAGGUGAACCACUCCAGACUCAGGCGGGGAGUGGCCUCCCCUCCUUCCCCACUGUCCGGGGAAUUCCUGGACUUGAUGGACAGACAGGAGGAAGGGGACAGGCAGAUGGAGGUGCAGGCUGCCACAUCUGAAGACCCCCAGGAGGUGACCUACGCCCAGCUGCACAGCUUGACCCUCAGACGGGAGACAACUGCACCUCCU